CGGACGCGUUAGUUGAACGAGAUCGCAGAAGACAUGCCUUUCAGGAAAGUUUCGCGAUGCCACCAGGACUUUAUUGAAAUACUCUAUAAAGUGGCUGCUAAAUUGAAUUUACGUGAUUUAGAAUACGUUAUCGAAUACGGAAGUGAAGACAUCGACAUGUUUUACACUGGAAUUUAUAAAGUUGACAUCAAAGGAGCUGGAGAAAAGCAAAGAGUGAAGUAUGUUGCCAUUGUGAAGUGGCAUGGGGAUCCAAAGAAACGUGUCUCGUGUCGUGAGCUGUACCACCGGGAGUACAUAUUCUAUGAGUGUAUUGUGCCAGAGCUAUUGGAUAUCCAGAGACGGUUCGAGAUCAUCGAGGGGUUGAAAAUGAAAUUCCCCAACUGCAUUUUGGCGAAUAUCGAGCUCAAUAAAGAGACGAUUGUUUUCCUUCGAGACAACAAAUUCAGAUGUCUAGACAGGUUUCACAAGAUCGACCUGGCGCACGCGUCGCUUGUGAUAAAAAAUCUAGCGAAACUGCACGCGUUGUCCUUCGUAUUAGAGAAGACGAAACCGAAAUUCCUUGAAGAAAUAAAAAAACAGUGCAGCAAGGAUGUUCAAUAUUCUGAUCCAACUUACGUGUCCAAGUCCAUGGUAUAUUACUUUAAUACUUCAGUGAAUGUGGUCUGGGAUCCAACAGCGAAGGAAAAGUUGAAAGCGUUAGCACCGAGUAUCGUGAGAGUAUUGAAUAAAUGUACGACGUCAGGUCCCCAUAGUGUCUUGUGUCAUGGCGACUGUUGGAAUAAUAAUAUAUUUUAUAUUUAUCAGAGAAAUAGGCCAGUAGAUGUUAUAUUAAUCGACUAUCAGCUGUGCCGUUUUGCAUCUCCAGUCACCGACAUAUCCUAUUACCUCUACAUGUCCACUGAAAGAGACUUCCUUAAUCAACACCAUGAUAGACUACUCGACAUCUACUAUGGAACAUUAUCAGCUGUGCUCAGACAAUGUAACUUGGACGUUGAAGAAGUGUAUCCAAAGCACAUAUUCCAAGAACAUUUGAGACAAUAUUCAGUGCUAGGUUUAAUAGAAGCUUUAGUCUCAAUGAAGAUAAUAACGGCGGCAGCUGAGGAGGCGUUCGAGAUGACUGAAAUGAAAUAUUACACCGAAGAUGGAACGGCAGACAUUGUGUUGCAGAACCAGACCUUGUAUGAAAAGAGGGUCAACGGUGUUGUCGAUGACUUCUUUGAGAGAGGAUAUUCAUUGGACCAUUUAUUGAAUAACUGAUAGAUAUAUAAUCCAAAUAGAAAGUGAUAAAUUGAUAAUGUUAUUUUAAAACGUAUCUCAGUUAAAAAUACGUUUUUUGUACUUUUACAUAUACCUACAAACUCGCACUUAUGUUCUCUAGGGUGACCAGAGCUGCCAACAUAGAAAUAUCUUACCAAACCUUCUGUUUAUAAAUAUAGUGCAAUUUACAUGGACAGGUCACCUACCAUAUUGUCAUCCUUUAUAGUGUUAGUUCAUUAAUAUUUCAUACCACUGACACCAUUGACGUCUCCGACACGGCCGUUGCAUAACUAGGCAUGUUCAACCUUCUAACUAUAAAAUAUAUAUGUAUAUGUUUGUUUU